UAACUACAUUCGCGCACCGGGUGUGUUUAGGUAAUACAACUUGCAAAUGAUCACAAACCAGAGGUGAUUAGCAGGGACAAAAACCAAAACAUUUUCCUAUCAUCUUAAAACCUUCAAAUAAGUAUCAUGUCCUGAGGAUCUUGUCUGCGCCACCUGUAAAAUACGAGUUCGAAAAGCAGCACAUGAACGCAUCACGGGAGGCGCGUCUCGGUCUCAGCUGAGGUGAAUUGAUGAAGUCCUACCGCACAACCUCAGCAAUCAUGUGGACGGAGGUGAACAACAAGAGCAAGACUGUUGUCGACAACGGCAACAGCUCGAUGAUGGUUGACCCAGAUCUCACUCAGCAGCUUCUACACGCUGUUCAGCAGAGCAAUGGAUCAGCUGCAGCUGGCCCUUGUCCCUCCUGCACAGAGGACUCUCUAACCAGGACCAGCGGGAUCAUCCCUGGUGCAAUUGCAGCCACAGUGUUCAUCACCUUUUUACUUGCUCUCUACACCGUCCUCUGGAAGUGCAUGGUGUCGCCGCCGCAACGAAAGCACAGAAAGGUGAGGGUGAGAAUACAACAGAGGGAUUCUGUGUGAAGACUGUGGCCUCCAGGGUGCGUCUUUUCAGCAAGUUAAAAUCUGAGAGCAGACUUUGCUCCCAGUGAGAGAAGAGCACCAGAGUGACAGGACGCCUCUGAAGAAGAUCCUCCACCUAACAGAUCCGAAGAUCAGACCACGCGACUCGACUGAGUGGAUGUGUCACAUGUUUCCCUCAGCUUUACUGUCCGCUGCGCCAUGAUGAUGUGAAACACUUUUUUGUAGCAGGCCAGACAGCCAUUUUUUUUUUUUGUGAACUCUGCACUACUGAGGAACGAGGCGGCUGCGGCCACCGCUCGCUCCACUGACCAAUAAGCUGUGUGUGUCAGAGAGAGAGAGAGAGAGAGAGGGAGAGAGACUCUAGUAUAUUUAGUAUAAGUAGAUUUUUCUUGGCGUAUUUCAUACCUGUGUCUUAAAUGUCCUCCAUUCUCACAGUGCAUUUCUUAACAUUUUCUGAAGUACGCAAUGGCACCAGCAGUUUCCAUUUCCAUUUUAAACUGUCUAUGCUCCUUAAGGAUUUUUGGGACAAAGUCUUUAGAUCUAGGAAUUGAUUUUAAUGUUUUUAUAUUUGUCAUUUGUUGUCAUCUGGGGUUUUUUUCAGUUUACUCAGGAUAUUGUAACUAUUGUAUGUCUUUUGACUCUAUAAUAGACUGUGGUUUGUGUUUUUUUUUUACAUUUAGUAGAUGUGACUUUAAAGGAAAAAUUAUAUCAGGGACUGAGUCACAAUGUGGUGGAAUCAUGAAAGAGUUCAGUCAAAUUCUCUGAAUGAAUUUCUUCAGAAUCUUUUAUGAAACUGAGCAGUAAACGGAUGAACUUCCUCUGAGUGUACAUGAAAAAAGUUCUUAUCUGAUUUGACAUCUGCAUACAAGUUCAUGAGCGGCUGAAUCCUUGAAAGCUUUUCUGUGCUGUACAUAUACAGUCAGUGGUCACCCAGGCCAGAUGGACACAUCCUGUAUAAAUGGGACACAGUCCAGCAGCCACUGAGCUACCCUGCUUAAUAUGCCAUUGGUUACAUGCUAUUUGAUUAGCUGACCGUGUCAGCCACAGCAGAGGUCUGACACAUGUUUUCAGAACCAGUUCUGUGGAGCAAACAGAUGAAGUAAUGAGCAGGGAAUGUGGUUUGGUGGAAAUUGUUUGGAGGAAAUGAUGCAGGAUUCAUUAGAGCAGAGAUAACUUCACUGACAGCAGAUUAAACUGAUAAAUGAGACACUAAUCCUUUGAACAGUACAAUCAUGAUUAAACUAGGUGCAUCCACAUUUGUCACAAUGUCAAGGCAGAUAUGCAAAUAGUUUUGAUUACACUGAAAUGAUAGAUGGAUGGAUUACACUGUAAAUGGUCAGGGUUAGGCCAGAAUGGUGAGAUUGGUUGGAGCUAACAGGCUACAGUAACUCACCACGUCAGGUUCCACUCCUGUCGGCCCAGGACAGAAACCUGAGGCUGCAGUGAACACAGACUCGCCAAGCCUCAGAAUUUGUCAAAAUUUGGCAUCUGCAGAACUGAUGUGAUGCAGUCAUGACAACAUGAACCAGAAUCUCAAAAGAUCUGUGUGAUUCAUUAACCUGGAUUACUGCCCAGAGCAUGACAAAGAUCAUACACACAACUGUUUUUGUCCUGCUAUAAACCAGUUAUGUGUGUUUCUUGAUGAAGCUGCACAUGCAAUUAGACACCUCACAGAUUUCAUCAGAUGCCUUUGAAAUGACUAAAACAACCAUCUGUCUUUCAAAAAUCUGAUUUCUUUUUUUGCAACCCAGAAAUGCACAAGGAAACAGCACAAGACAACAAAUAUCUGGCUCUGAACUGCAUGUGUUUGGAAAUUUGAAUCAUAACAGUAGAAAGAAAUAUCUGCAGACAUGGAGGAGGAGACUUCUGGUAUCACUGAGUAAUCUGUUCAAGUGAAAGAUUCCAGUAUGUUUUGAUAUUUGAGUCAGACCCUCAUCAUAGUAAAACACACUACUCACCUCUUAGUCAAAAAGUUAGUUAAUCAAAAGUUUCCAAAGAACCAACAUUUCCCCCUUAUUUUUCUUUCUCUCUCAACUUUUACAUCAAUAGGGUAGUUUUUUUGAAAUUAUAUAUAAAAUGUAAUAAUUCAAUACAGUUUUUAAAAAUAUGUUUCAUAAGAGAUACACAUCUCUGCCACGCUCCUGUCUCCUCCUUCCACCUGAUAUAUUCGGCUGUACCAUUUGCAUUCUGCAGAUUAAGAUCUCGGGCUGUUUCACACUUAAGCAAAAACCUUUACAUCAGGUUCCUCUUACAGUGUUACACUAUCAGGCAAGGGUGUAGAUUUGCAUAAAGUACUAGUUUAAUUGCUGUCGAAAAAUCCCAUGAAAAUGUCACGAUAAAUACUAUGACUUCUUUUUAUAACUUACUAUACUGUGACGUUUUUAUGCCCUACUAUAUGAUGUUUAUUUGCCUAUGUAACAUGUAUAAUAUAAACACAUACUACAAUACAUGUUUUUAUUAGCUAGACAUAUAUGUCAAUAUAUGAUAUUGUUCCAAUUUCUAACAGGUUUCAUAUGCAAUUUUUACAUAUAUAUGCUAUACUUCAAAUAAAUAUAUGUACAUAUAUUUCA